UCUGUAUAAGCAAGUUAUUUUACUCUUUGAUCUUAUCCUAAGCUUUGAUCCUAAGCGUAAGCCACAGGCGUAAGUUCGUAAAGCGACUUGACUGUUGCGUUGCAUACUUUUAUAACUUAAAAAAAGUAAUAACGAAGAAUUGAUUUGUAUGUAACUAUGUAUUAAUUAUUUUUAUAAAGUAAGUUAUACCAAUACGUUUGUUUGAAACAAAAGGAACAAGGUUUAAAAAUAAAUGAGUCAGUAAAACCUUUUUAAUGAUAUUUCUAUUUGUGUUUAAUUAAUAGGCGAUUUACUAAUGGAUAAAGUUUUUAUGAAACCGGUACAACCACAUGUGUUUAAAGCUUUAAAAGAUGUUGAUAUACCAACAUUAAUUAAGUGCUCAUCAGAUGAAAUUAGACCAAUUAUACCAUGUCUAGUCCGUAUGGCUCUUAUAGCGCCGCUAGAUGUAACUAGGUACUGUGCGGAGGCGAAAAAAGAUAUACUUACACUGUUAUCUGGAAUAGAUUUGGUGAAUUUUAUAGUAUCACUUCUGUCUAUUGAAUUUCAUGCACUUGAAGUUGACCUAAAGAAAGAACAGCAAAUGCGUCAGAAGAAUGGUUCGCAAGCCACUGAAUCUUUUCUAAUUCAAAACAUUGUUAAUGGCAUAGCAAAUGAUUUUGAGCAGUCAGACUCAGCAAGGAGAGUUCGUUUAGUUCUUUCAGAAUUGUUACAAAUGCAAGCACAAUUGACUGAAUAUAACCAAAAUAAAAACUCAAAUGUAGAAUCUUCUAUCAAACCAUCAGAACUUUUCGAUAAUGAAGUUUAUCUUGAGGAAAUCACAGAUGUUAUUUGUAUAAGUCUUGCAGAAUUACCUAAUUUGCUAAAUAUAUGUGAAAUUGUUGAAGUGCUACUUUAUGUCAAUAAAGGCCCUAUAAUUAUUUCUUGGGUUGUAGCAAAUAUGCCUGAUACUUUACUGGAAGUGGCAGACUCACUUGUAGUUAAUUCUGAAAGAAGUGAAGAAGGUGGUAUAAGAGCUAAAACUCUUGCAAUCUUAUGUGACACCUGUCCAUACAUUGCAGCUGCAGUAAGAGCAAAAGCUGUAUUUGCUUCACGACUACCGUCUUUAGUCAUUAAUUUAACAUUGAGUCAUCACCCAGAAGACCUGGUUUCUUUCAUAUCUGGAUUACUCUUAGGGUCCGAUCAAACAUCUAGAGCAUGGUUUGCUACAUUUUUGCGCAAUUCCCAUAAAAGAGGUAAAGGUGAUGGAAAUACCACAUUAGUUAAGUUACGACAAGAAUUGUUAAACAGAUUAAAAGAAGCAGCUGCUGGUGUCGAUGCUUCUGCUUUAUUGAGAUUAUACUGUGCUCUAAGGGGAAUAGCAGGAAUUAAAUUCCAAGAUGAUGAAGUAUCAGGUUUAUUACGAUUAGUUACACAGAAACCUCCUCCUACCCCAGCUGGUGUACGAUUUGUAUCCUUAAGUCUUUGUAUGAUUUUGGCUUGUCCAUCUCUAAUGGCUGCUCCAGAACAUGAAAAAAAGGCUAUUGAAUGGGUGCAGUGGCUUGUUAAAGAAGAAGCAUAUUUUGAGAGUAAUUCAGGUGUGACUGCUUCAUUUGGAGAAAUGUUGCUGUUGAUAGCUAUUCAUUUCCACUCGGGGCAGUUGGCAGCCGUGGGUGAAUUGGUAUGUGCCACACUCGGAAUGCGUGUACCAGUGCGCCCUAAUGGUUUAGCUCGAAUAAAACAGGCAUUCACGCAAGAAAUUUUUACAGAACAGGUUGUAACUGCACAUGCUGUAAAAGUACCUGUAACUGCUAAUUUAAAUAGUAAUAUUUCUGGCUAUUUACCUGUACAUUGUAUUCACCAAUUACUCAAAUCUCGAGCAUUUUCAAAACAUAAAGUCCCCAUUAAAAACUGGAUUUAUAGUCAAAUUUGUAAUUGUACUGCCCCCCUCCAUCCUGUUAUGCCUGCUCUUGUAGAAGUUUAUGUUAACUCUAUUCUUGUCAUAAAUAAUAAAGGGACUAAUGAAUACUUCAACAAACCUAUAACAGAAGAAGAAAUUCGAAGAGUAUUUAGGAAUUCUAUUUUCGGAGUCAAUUUUGACGCUCGCAACAAACUUUUUACUGCUAUGGAGACUGAUGGAGAAUCAUCCACUGACAUAAACAUAGAAAAACCAACAUUGGCAUCUCAGUUGCUACUAAUCUAUUAUCUUCUGCUGUAUGAAGAUGUCAGACUAGCUAAUUCUGCAACCCUUAUUGCUAAUGGAAGAAAAGUAAAAAGUUAUUCCACUGCAUUUCUUUCUGAAUUGCCAAUUAAGUACUUAUUGCAUCAAGCACAAAAAGACCAAAUGAGCUAUGGAGGACUUUUCAGUCCAUUACUUCGAUUAUUAGCUACACAUUUCCCACAAUUAUCUCUUGUGGACGAUUGGAUGGAUGACCAAGUAUUUGGAGAUACAUGUCGGCAUCAAAUAGAUAUAAAUAUAUCAGAUGCAUCAAUAGAUGAAGCUUUUCAAUGUAUCGAAGAAAAUCCAUACAAAACAGGAAAAAUCUUAAAAGCUAUGCUAAACAAGAAUCCCACAGAUAUUUGGCCUUUUGCAGAAAUAUUUGUGAGAUAUGUUAAAAGUGUACUUGGUGAUCAGGUUCCCAGGCACAUUCAGGAACUCUAUCGAGAAGUUUGGCUUAGACUUAAUACAGUUUUACCACGAUGUUUAUGGAUUAUGACUAUUAAUGCUCUGCUUGAUAUCAAUAAUGGAAAUAUAAGAAAUGUAACAAUUACACAAGAAAAUGUUUUAGUUGAUCCUCUACAGGUUUUACGUUGUGACAUUAGAGUAUUUAGAUGUGGACCUAUUUUAAAAAUUAUUCUUCGAAUUUUAGAAGCUAGCUUAGCAGCUUCAAGAAGCCAAUUAAGUCGCCAUUUGUUAGAUAAGCCGCUCCUUGAAAAGAGUGGUCAACUAACUUCAGAUUCUGAAAGAGAAGAGCUUAAAAAUGCUUUGGUAGCAGCUCAGGAAAGUGCUGCUCUUCAAAUAUUAUUAGAAGCUUGUUUAGAAACAGAAGACGAUCAAACUAAACCAGAACUUAUGUGGUCACUAAGAGAAGUCAGAAGCAUAAUAUGUUCCUUUUUACAUCAAAUAUUUAUAUCAGAACCAUCGCUUGCUAAGCUAGUUCAUUUUCAAGGAUAUCCUAGAGAGUUGUUACAAGUCACAGUUCAAGGCAUUCCUUCAAUGCACAUUUGCCUUGAUUUUAUUCCAGAACUUUUAAGUCAAGCUUCACUUGAAAAGCAAAUAUUUGCUGUAGAUUUAGUUUCACAUUUGUCAAUUCAAUAUGCUUUACCAAAAGCAAUGUCAAUUGCUAGAUUGUGUGUAAACACUUUGUCUACACUAUUGUCCGUGCUCCCAAGUGAUUUGCGUCUCGAACUAUUUCAACCAGUAUUAAAAUCAUUUGUUAGAAUUUGUACAGCAUUUCCUUCCCUUCUUGAAGAUAUAACGUCUUUAUUAUUACAAUUGGGAAGAAUUUGUGAAUCUCAAGUAUCGCUGGGCCACUGUUGGAAUGAUUCAAGUAUAUUGGGUGAAGGUGCUUACGUGGCCUCCGAUGUUCAAAGCGAUAGUAAAGUUUUAGUAGCGGAAGUUUUAUGUCGAGACAUCAAAGUAACUAUGUCAGAAAUAAUUCAAAAAGCUCUAUUAAAUGACAAAUUGUAUUAAUAAAUUUAACAUGAUACAUUUACGAAAUUUGUAAACUAUAUUCACUUGUAUAUAUUAAAAAAAUUUCGACUGUU